UUGUAACAUCCAACUGUUACGAUACUCACCUUUGAUCAAAAGUCACAACUCAAAGCAGAUUACUUGCCUCAUACACCACUUACCUCCUACAUCACCUACCUCCCACACCAAGCGCUCAGAGCUCGAUCACCGCCUUGGGAGAUGGCACAAACAAAUGAACAAAGCACCGCAGGUCGAUCCAGCAACCCAAUGACAUUAUGCAUCGAAGCAUGCAAGGCCGACGAUGUAUCGCUGAUGGAACAGGCUAUAUCAAUCGCCUCCAAAUCUAACUCGAGCCAUGCAGUCCAGGACGUCGUUCAACGGGGCCUUAGGCGCUCAGCAGCAAGGGGAGCGGUUCACGUGCUUAACUAUUUAGUUGACCACCCUCACGGCGCUGAUGUCGCAGCACUGAGUGCCUCAGAUAUUAUGGUCAAUGAUGAUAUGGCCAAACCUUCGCAAGAGAUCCUUGAGAUCCUCGUUGCUCACGGAUGGGAUAUCAAUACACAAGGCCCUGGUAAGAUUACUAGUUGGCCGUUGCUUUGGCAUGUCGUGGAAUAUCCGGAUCUUGUUAGAUUGUGCUUGGAUCACGGCGCUAGAGUUGAUAUUCCUGACAACCCGCCUCAAGUCAAGGAUGGCGUGCAGAGCCGUACAGGUGUGCCACCCCCAACAAUUCUCGGCAUGGCGGCGUCGUCAGGCAGUGUCGAGACAUUCGAGCUACUACGAGCGAAAGGCGCUCCCUUGGACCCACGGACGCUGCACCGCGCAGUCGAGCAAGCCACGAUCCUAGCACCAAAAGAGGGCUCUGAGCCCAGCUCAUUCUAUACACACCGUAUGGACAUGAUACGCCAUCUUGUAGACGUCGCCAAGCUUGACGUCAAUGCCGUACAACACCAGCUUGGCCGCCAAUGCAGCACUCCACUUUGCACCGUGGCUGGACGACCCACCAAUCAAAUAUUUCGAGAGCUGGUAUACUUCUUACUGGAUCGCGGCGCGGAUCCAAAUCUGAAUUGUAAGACGCAGGAAGAUACAAAUUGGCCGAGUGCCGUUGCUUGCGCUCAGUCUUGUGGCAAUAUGCGCUUCUUACAAGCUGUAAAGGACUGGCAGGCAGAGAAGCAGGUUGAGAAGCAGGGUGAGCGGGGGGGCGAUACAGAUUGACAUAGCUGCAACAAGCUGCGUGGUGGUGAAUUUGGGUUGGUACAUUUGCUUGAUAUUGCAUUGUGCACGAAAAUACUAUUGCAACUUCGAAUUUUGAAUAUAAAACGGUCAACCUGCUGCCAGGAACUACGAUCAAGACAUCUU